AUGGGCGUGGUUUGGGCUGAGAGGGUCUGCUACUUCGGUCAGGAGCCUGAUGCAAAUCAGUCAGGCCGUCUUCGCUGGUUUAUGCCGGGGAGUAAGGCUGAUCGUUGCGCCUGCACCAGUACCAGACCGGGACCUGUCUACAUGCAGCCAGUCCAUUGGUCUCAUCCACCGUUUUACACCGACACUCCAAUGUUCACCAACGACCAGGAGGACAUUCAUGAUUACUUCAACUGUCAUGACGUUUUGGAGUGCUCUAGAGAGGGACCCUUCGGAAUGGAAGAUGGACGCAUCCCAAAUGAAAGCAUAACGGCGUCGUCAGUGCAUCCCAACCGGGCCAAUUUCGCACCCACCAGGGCUCGGCUGAACCUUCAAGUCAAGGGCGGGGCUGCUGCAUGGUGUAAUGUUGGACAUGAUGAAACCCAUCCAUGGAUUCAACUCGACCUCGGUUCCGAUGCGACCAUUACUGGCGUUAUCACGCAGGGGCGCGGGGACCACCCAGAUUGGGUGACAGAGUUCAAAGUGGCCUACAGCGACGAUGGCCAAGAAUGGACUGACGUCAUCGAUAAUGGAUCAAGUACACCGAUGAAGUUCCCCGGAAACUCGGACCAAAACACCCACGUGACCACCACUUUCCCGAAGGCCUUCCGGGCCUGGUUCCUGCGUAUCCUGCCUACUCAGUUUCAUGAAUACUGCUGUAUGCGCUUUGAAGUCCUCGGCUGCACAAUUAAUAAGUAA